UUACAGACCUCAAAGCAGUGGAGAAAUGCCAGUCACUUGGUUCACCAUCUCUUCCCUGGCACCAAGCUGGCACGUGCUGUUCCCAGAACUCAGAGUGACUCUAGACACCCCAGGCCCCCUGUCCAGGUCCUCUUGCUUCCUCAUUUCUGCUGUUGCUCUGGUGUUUGCUGAAUUCUUUCCUCUGUUGGCUUCUAGAUGGAGUCUCAGGUCCCAGCCUGGAUGCAGAAAUACCAUCUCGGAGACCAGGGCACUCAGGCUGGGCUUGUACAGCUCGUGCAGGCCCAGCUUCACGACCUGGAGCAAACACUGCUGAACCAUGUGGCAGAGGAGCAGGACAAGUCUGUCAACAAAAUUGCUACUGACUUGAGGCUGACCCUUCUAAAGGAAGCAGUGGCCACUGGGGUGACCAAGGAGGAAGUGCAUGAGAUGGUGCAGCAGGCCCUGAAACUGUAUAGUGAAGAUCGAAUCGGGCAGGUGGAUUACGCCCUGGAGUCCUCAGGGGCCAGCAUCCUCAGUAGCCGCAGCUCAGAAACCUAUGGCACCAGGAUGGCCAUUGUCAGUCUGUUUGGCAUCACCUUGUGGUACCGUAUCCAGAACCAAAGAGCCAUCCUCCAGCCAAAUGUCUACCCUGGCAACUGCUGGGCAUUCCGGGGCCCCCAGGGCUUUGUUGGGGUUCGCUUGUCUGCCCUCAUCCACCUUACCGCUGUCACUCUGGAGCACGUGCCCAAAGCCCUGUCCCCAGACAGCGACAUCACCAGUGCCCCCAAGGACUUUGUCAUCUUGGUGAGUACCUGAGCCUGGCAGCUCUCCUUUCUCGAA